AGCGAGAGAGCGCGCGGAUGCUGCUGCGGCUGCUGUACAGUGAGUUGAGCGGAGUCGAGUCGAAUUCAGUUGGCUGCUGGUUUGCGCGCGCAGUGGACGCUGGGCUUGAAGCGUGUAGUAAAAACAGCGGUGAUUGAGCAAGAAACGGAGAACUGGGGAAAAACCGGGUUCAGUCUGGAGCCGAACUGGAGCGGAAAAGUCGGGGAGAGAAAGAGAGAAAGAAAAGGAGAGAAAAGAGAAGAACAGAAUAUAGAAGUAGAGGGAGAUGAAGACUGAAGGAGUUUUAACGGUCGGUCUGCGGCUCCAGCCUUCAGGAAUCUCUGAAUCCUGGAGGUAUCCUUGACGACCAUCCUGACCUUCCUCAUCCCCUCACUGUUCCCGCCUUCAACACGAAUACCUCCAGAACUCUCCGUUCCAGCUCUGAGAAGGGCUCAGCCAUCUGAUCACUGGCACCGAAAGAAAAGAACAGAAAGAGCACAGACGAAGAAAAAAGGCUGAAAGAAACAUGCAGAGAUCCUCCGCGAGGGAAUGUGAAGAUACAUGUCUCUGGAACCUUAUAGGCACCCGCACAUACACAUGCAUGCCAUUUCUAUGGGGGUAAUUGCAUAUCCGCACCCUUGCUGAGGAGAGGGAGUUUUUUUUUUUUUUGUCAGCACUCAUUGAUUGCUGUGCUGUGAUUGGUCAGAAUGCCGGCAAAAAGGAAGUACUUACUGAAAGAGCAGGAGACCCUCUACAGGAAGUUCUCUUGCAUCAGCCAGUACCAGCCUCUGGUUCUACUGCUCGGAUUGAGUGUGCUCACCUGCGCCACCCUACUAGUGCUGUUCUUUAGCCUGCAACUGAAUGUGCAUGAACAUGCAGCAUUUGUGGGAGUGGUGAGCGGGGCGCUGUUCGUGUUUCUGGCUGUGUUUAUACUGGUGUGCGCAGAGGCGUUCACUCAAAGAUGGACAACACUGCUGGGUCUGGUAGUGUGGGCCACACACCUAACUAUGGGCUUCACCUUUAUCUACAGUACAAACCUCAACCUCAUACAACCCUGGGACCAGGUGCCUUUCUUCCUUUUCAUCAUCAUCACAGUGUUCACCUUGCUGCCAUUCCAGAUGUGCUAUGCUGUCAUCCUCAGCAUCCUCUCCUCCCUCUCUCAUAUUAUUGUCUUGUCAGUGCACUUCAGCUUGUACAAGAACCAUCACAGUUCUAAGCACAUCAGUUAUCAGCUCCUGUCUAAUGCUGUAGUGUUUGUAUGUGGUGGUGCAGUUGGAGCAUUCCAUAAGGUUCUGAUGGAAAAAGCACUCAGGCAGACUUUUCAAGACACACUUCGCUGUCUCCGCAUCAGAAUGAAACUGGAGAUUGAGAAGAGACAGCAGGAAAAUCUGCUGCAGUCAGUGCUGCCGGUGUAUAUCUCGAUGGAGAUGAAGUUGGCCAUAAUGGAGCGCUGUAAAUGCAAAGAUAAAGAGGCACACCAGCGGCUGGUCAAAGACAAUAACUUCCACAGUCUGUACGUCAAGAGGCACGAGAACGUCAGUAUCCUGUAUGCAGACAUUGUUGGUUUCACUCGUUUAGCCAGCGACUGUUCUCCUAAACAGUUGGUGAAAAUGCUGAAUGAGCUCUUUGGAAAGUUUGACCAGAUUGCCAAAGAGAACGAGUGUAUGAGGAUAAAGAUCCUGGGUGAUUGUUAUUACUGUGUGUCUGGCCUGCCCGUUUCCUUACCUAACCACGCCAAGAACUGCGUCAAAAUGGGUUUAGACAUGUGUGAAGCUAUUAAGAUUGUUCGCGAUGCUACAUCAGUGGACAUUAAUAUGCGAGUCGGAGUGCACUCUGGAAAUGUGCUCUGUGGUGUUAUUGGCCUUCGCAAAUGGCAGUUUGAUGUGUGGUCACAUGAUGUCACCUUAGCCAAUCACAUGGAGUCCGGAGGACUGCCAGGCCGGGUUCAUAUUACUGAAGCCACUUUGAAGCACCUGAAUAAAGCCUAUGAGGUGGAGGAAGGGAAUGGCCAUCUAAGAGACACCUACCUGAAAGAGCUCAACAUCAAGACUUACCUGGUCAUAGACCCGCGGUCUAAGGACCUGACUCUGAGCAGCCGCAGUGUUCCUAAGCAGCGUGUGAGUGACGGCCUGAAGAUGAGGGCGUCUGUGAGAAUGACCCGAUAUCUGGAGUCCUGGGGUGCAGUUAAACCGUUCUCCCACCUGCAGAACAGAGAGGCCUUCAUCACCGACCCCAUGGGCAAUGGCAAGAACUGGGGCAAGGAAAUAGCCCUCAGAACAGCACCCUUACACAUUACCGAAAGUUUUGAUGAAUCUCUUGAGGAGGCCUUCUCUUUGCCCGCUCCCCCAUUCAGCACCAAUAAGAAUAAAUCCCAGAAAAGCAAAUUUGAUGAAGAACUGCACAAUGAGAUGAUCACCACCAUAGAUGAGCUAAGCUCCAGCAAGCAGUGGGUAAAAUCAGAGGAAAUCUCAGGUCUCACUCUCUGGUUCACUAAGCGAGAGCUGGAAAAGCAGUACAGAGCCAUAGACAUGCCCAGUUUUAAGUACUAUAUCGUAUGUGCCAGCUUCAUCUUCCUCUGCAUCUUCAUCAUUCAGAUGUUUGUCACCCUGAAGUCUUGGCAGCUGGGAGUGACGUUUACUGUGUUGGCGUGUGUGCUGCUGUUGACCCUGGCCAUCUGUUUUGCGGGCCGUAUUCAGAAACUUUUCCCAGAGAAGUUGCAGUCCUGCCAGUGGUUAACAGCUGUGUCGGUUGCAGUGGUUAAGAGGCCUUUUGUGCGGCUCCCUCUAGCAACCAUCACUACGAUAGUUAUCGUCAUCAUUGCCUUGUUCAACCUGGCAAAUUACAUGUUUUGCAAUGGGCAGGAAAAUGGUGCAUCAGUUCAGACACAUGAUUCUGUUUUUGUCAAAAACUGCCAAAACAACUUGAGCGCUCCACUCUGCCUUUAUCUAAAUGGAAGCAGCAUUAUUGAAGACCUUUGCUACUUGCCUAAUUCAGUGUACAGCUGCAUCCUGGCAUUACUAGUGUGUGGGGUAUUUUUGAGAGUAAGUUUUGAACUGAAGGCGGCCUUCCUCGUUAUAGCCUGUGCAAUUUAUUACAUCAUCAUCUGCUAUUCCCAGAAUGAUCUGUUCGUCACCUACAGCUGUGUACUUAACGGAAACUACAGCAGUUGUUGCGAUCCAAAAGGGGGUUUGCUGAUGACUGGAGGGCUGAUGAAACACCCUCAGACCAUGAGCUGCAUCUAUAUCACGCUGUUUCUGUUCACCAUGCUUCUUAUAUCACGCCAGGAUGAAUUCUGCUGCCGUCAGGACUUCCUACUGAAGAACAAGAACCGCACAGACAAAGAUGAGAUCGAGCUGUGUGAGAAUCUCACGCGCCUUCUGCUGGAGAAUGUUCUCCCAGCACACGUGGCCUCGCUCUUCGUUGGGGAGAACAAAAAGAAUGAGGUGGGGCUGCUCUCGACUAACACUUUACUAAACCAGAAGUACAAGGACCUGUACUACAAAUCGUAUGACUGUGUGUGUGUCAUGUUCGCCUCAGUUCCGGACUUCAAGGAGUUCUACACAGAGUGUGACAUCAACAAAGAGGGACUGGAGUGUCUGAGACUGCUCAAUGAGAUCAUUGCUGACUUCGAUGAGCUGUUGUCCAAGCCCAAGUUCAGUGGAGUGGAGAAGAUUAAGACUAUUGGCAGCACUUACAUGGCAGCUGCUGGUCUGAGUGGAAGCCUUGGACAGGAGAAUAACCAGGACCGAGACAGGCAGCAGGCUCAGAUUGGAAUCAUGGUGGAGUAUGCCAUCGCUCUGAUGGGAAAACUGGACGGCAUCAACAGGCACUCAUUCAACAGUUUUAGAUUACGCGUGGGGAUAAACCAUGGACCAGUAAUAGCGGGAGUGAUUGGAGCACGCAAGCCGCAGUAUGACAUCUGGGGGAACACAGUGAACGUCGCCAGCCGAAUGGAGAGCACUGGGGAACUGGGCAAAAUACAGGUGACCGAAGAGACGUCGACCGUCCUGAAGAAGCUGGGUUACUCGUGCGAUUGCCGUGGCCUGAUAAACGUGAAGGGGAAAGGGGAGCUCAAAACCUUCUUUGUGUGUACAGAUUCCAACAAGCAGCAGGGGAUGGCCCUCAACUGAAACUGCUGCUCUGGUAUUGACUCUGCCACCACGAACAGUCCCACACACGGCUGUAUUUAAUUUGGAUUUCUUUUAGGAAGCAGCGUCAUUCUGCUGACUUACCAGGAAUGUGAGGCUUUUUUUCAUAAGUGUCUGCAUUGACUUCUAAACUGUUGGACUAUUUUUUGGCUGGAAAUCUAAAGUCUUGAUUCAACCAAAACCCAACCUAGUUUGACACGUUGAGACUGAACAUUUCCACCUGUUUCGGUCAGUGUUCACUUCAUGACUUUGAAAUGCCAUGCACUUGUUCUGAUUCCUGUUCAAUGGGAUGCGAAUAACUGAACUCAAAAAAAGAGGAUGAGAGGUUUGAAGCAUCUUAGAUAUUGUUGGGUUGGUAGCAGUCGUUCAUGCUUUAAGGUUAGGCAUGACAUUACAAGCAGAUGAUCAGACACAUGCACAUAUGAAGAAUUAUUAUUAUUUGCCCCUGGAUUUACUAGCACAUAAAAUGAAGCCUUUAAAAAAAUGGACCGAUUUUGUGAAGAUACAUUUGCUGCUGAAGGACUGUUCAACAAAAGCGCCUUCAGUUUCUAGAAUUCGUGUUCUCAGACCAUGUGUUUUUUGGAUGUGUAAAUCUUUGCAGUGGACGCUGCCGAGAAGCUCCUUUCUGUUUUCUGUCGUCUACCAUGUUGUGGCGGUGUUCUGCCUUCUGGGGAGGUGCUUCUCUAAGCCAAAUGCGCUCACAGAAGCCUCUCACUUGUACUUGUUGGCCUGGUAUUAUAGCCUGUUUGGAGAGUGAACAUUACAGACGGCUAUGUUUUAUAAGACAGCAGUAGGUCUGUAAUUCAUAGGCAUUUAAACUGAAUGCUAAUAUGACUAUGGCAAACAUGCUGCAGUACAAUCAGUUUCUAAUUGUGCAAAUAUAUAUAUAUCAGAGGAAAAAAAAUGAAUGUGAAAUAUGUGGCUUAAGGAUUUUUUUUUAUAACCUUUCUUGACCUUGAAGCUUUUAAGAGGUACUUCUGGAAUCAUGUUUGUAUCUCUACUAAACUGCCAUUAUGCCCCCUCCACCACUUUGUUGCAGAGUGAGAAUCACUUGUUAAAAAAAAGGAAGAGGGAACACCAAAUCCUGGAGGCUGUAAAAAAAAAAGCAGCUGUCCUUAUGAUUUUUUUCUACAGACUGUGUCUACAGACAAAACGAACACAGCAACAAACAUGGGACGUGUGUUAUGUCUAUGCUGUGUACUGUUACUGAACAAGCCUGAAUGUCCUGUCUCUGCUGUUGAAAUCGUGAGCUGCCUUUUCUGUUCCGUUUGCAGUAUCUGCAAGGAACUUGUCCGAGUUGCUGUACAGUGUCCGUAUGGAAUAAAAAAUAAUUUUACACGUUUCAAA